ACGUGACUUCCGGCGGAAGUGCGCGGCGUAGUGCGACGUGUGCGCGCAGCCCGGCCCGGCGCCGCCAUGUUGGACUUCUUCACCAUCUUCAGCAAGGGCGGGCUCGUGCUCUGGUGCUUCCAGGGGGUCCGAGGACCCGCCGCCGCCGCCACAGCCCCGGUCAAUGCCCUCAUCCGCUCCGUGCUGCUGCAGGAGCGAGGUGGCAGCAAUUCCUUCACCCAUGAAGCCCUCACGCUCAAGUACAAGCUGGACAACCAGUUUGAGCUGGUGUUUGUGGUGGGUUUUCAGAAGAUCCUGACCUUAACCUACGUCGAUAAGUUGAUAGACGACGUUCACAAGGAGUUCAGGGACAAAUACCGCAAUGAGUUCCAGCAGAAGGGCGCUCUGGGCAUCCUAAAUGGCACCUUUGAUUUUAAAGAUGACUUCCUGCGCCUCCUCCGGGAGGCAGAGGAGAGCAGUAAGGUCCGAGCUCCCACCGUAAUGAAGACAUUUGAGCAGUCUGUGAAGUCUCAGAAGACUGUCAAGUGUAUGAUAGAGACCAGAGGGGAGAAACCAAAGGAGAAAGUCAAGAACAAGAAGAACAAAGGUUCCAAAAAGGAAGGGAAUGAAGCUGUUACAGCCUCCGCUAAAGCAGCCCCAGGUGAGAAGCAGUCGGCAGCUGGGGACAGGGAGGAACUGACCAAGGAUGAAAUACUGCAGAAGAACCGGGAAGAAUUCUUCAAGAGACACAUGAAAGCAGGGGAGAAGUCCAGCAAGUCUCCAAAGCCUGAUGCUCAGAAGGAGAAGGGAAAGAAACCCCGAGUGUGGGAUCUGGGGAACUCUAACGCCAAAGUACUCGAUUACAGUAACUCCACUACCAAUGGGAACUCAGAGGCCUCUCCCAUGGAAGAAUUUGACGCUGAUAUGGCCCUGAAGGAUCAAAACCGUGAGCCUGGCCGCCUCUAUGACCUUGAAUAUGAGAGUGAUGAAGAAGCUGAGGAAGAGAAGAUUAUUCAGAACACUUCAAAACCCAGCACAAAGAAAGGUGGCCUCGGAGGUAUGUUUGGCAUGUUGAAAGGCCUGGUGGGCUCCAAGAGCUUGACAAGACAGGACAUGGACCCAGUCCUGGAGAAGAUGAAAGAUCACUUGAUUGCAAAAAAUGUGGCAGCUGAAAUUGCGGUCCAGCUCUGUGAAUCAGUGGCAAAGAAACUGGAAGGGAAAGUGAUGGGAACGUUCACCACUGUGACCUCAACAGUGAAGCAGGCCCUGCAGGAGGCAUUAGUGCAGAUCCUGCAGCCCCAGCGCCGUGUGGACGUCCUGCGGGACGUGAUGGAUGCGCAGCGUCACCGCCGGCCCUACGUGGUCACUUUCUGCGGUGUCAAUGGCGUUGGGAAGUCCACCAACCUGGCCAAGAUCUCGUUCUGGCUCAUCGAGAAUGGUUUCAGUGUCCUCAUCGCUGCCUGUGACACGUUCCGUGCCGGGGCGGUGGAGCAGCUCCGCACACACACCCGCCGCCUCAACGCCCUGCAUCCCCCAGAGAGCCACGGCGGGAGGACCAUGGUGCAGCUCUAUGAGAAGGGCUAUGGGAAGGACGCUGCGGGGAUCGCCAUGGAGGCCAUCUCCUAUGCUCGUAACCAGGGCUUCGAUGUGGUGCUGGUGGACACAGCGGGCCGCAUGCAGGACAAUGCCCCCCUGAUGACAGCUCUGGCAAAACUCAUUGCUGUCAAUGCUCCUGACUUGGUCCUUUUCGUUGGAGAAGCUCUGGUGGGAAAUGAGGCCGUGGAUCAGCUGGUCAAAUUCAACAAGGCCCUGGCUGACCACUCCAUGGCCCAGACACCCCGGCUCAUUGAUGGCAUUGUGCUCACCAAGUUUGAUACCAUCGAUGACAAGGUCGGCGCUGCCAUCUCCAUGACCUACAUCACAAGCAAACCCAUCGUUUUUGUUGGUACUGGACAAACCUACUGUGAUCUGCGUAGCCUUAACGCCAAGGCUGUGGUCGCAGCGCUCAUGAAGGCCUAAAAUCAAGUAUUGCACCAAAUUGCUGUUUGCAGAUGUCUCAGAAGAACAUGCUUCACCCUGUGAGCGAUAGUCUUUCCAGUGUAGUGCAAAACAGAAUGAAGGGAUGCGGGUGCGAGGGCUGUGCUUCCCCUGCCCAUCUGAUCUGACUGCUCGCUGGGGUGCUCUAACAGCACUGCAUGAGUAUAAAGUAGGAAGGAAGGUGUUACCUGAUCACCUUGUGCUUAUUCCAGUUCGGUCCGUGCUCUCCUGCCAUAUUUAUUGACUACGGUGUAUUUGUAGAUUAAAGCUCUCUUCUCGACUUGGAGCAUUCCUCCCUCCUCAGUUGUGGGGCUUCUCUCAGUACAGCCCUGCCCCUGGGUUCCUUCAUUCUGUUCCAACAACUCGGCCUCCCUCACGUGAAGGCUGAAACCAGAGCUUUGUAUUGUUCAUGUUAUCUGAGUGGCAGCGCAAGGACCUGCUGUGUGCUGGGCUGUGCUGUCUCUAGCAGCAGCUGUGGGCUGUUGGGCCGUGCUGCAGGUGGGUGCUGAGCCCCGAGCUGCUCUUCUGUGCCCUCGCAGACCGUACAACAGGGACAUCUGCUGCGUAGUGACAGCAUUAAGCCCAUCUGGCCGUUCUCAGUGCUGCUAACUUUGGCUGUAGCAGCUCACCAAAGUUGAUAAACCAAAAAUGGCAACAGUCUGCCCCUGUCCUGGGCAAGCAGGGGCUCCUGGGGUGAUGCUGAGCUGCCUUAUGGCCCCAUCUCUGUUGUCACUGCGGUUCUUGCUGCAGGGUACCUGAGAACUGCAGCAAUGUGGUCUGGUAAUGCUGGUUGUUCCACCGGCUGGCGAUGGAGGGCAGUGUGCCCCUGGGUCUCUGCUGCCUGCUGGCCUCAAAUAGGUAACAAAAGGAAAAGAAAAUACUGGAAGAUGGUGGUGGCUGCUUGCUGCUUCCCUGCGCCCUUCCUCCCCCCUUUAGUGCCUCUUGAUCCCGGUCUAAAGUGCUACACUGAAUAAUACAAAACUCUCUUACGAUGUCUUGUAGCUCCGUACUGCAGAUGUGCUCUAGUGCAAUAAAUUGAAUGCUGUCUGCUAAGAGACAUAAUUUAUAUAAAUAAACUUCAUAAUUUGUU